CCAUACAAAACAAAUUAAUUUCAUCUCUUUAUUUGUACUUUGAUCAUUCAUAAAUUCAUGUCCGUAUCUUUCACUCUCAUGACUUCUCUCAUUUCUCUAUUUCUCCUCAAUCUUCGCCAACAUGUUAGGUCUCCAAAAAAAUAGUAAAAACAAGACAUGUUUUUAGCAGAUGCUUAGGAUUUUUCUCCUCAAAUUUCGUUCUCCUUUAGUGGUCUCUCCACUUUCUCCUAUGAAUUCAAGAUUACUAUACUACUAGUCUACUACUAUUAGCUUGUGUUCCUUUUUUCCUUUACUUGUAGUUGGAAAAGUCAUGAGUACCAAUAAACAUUUUAUGCUCAAAAGCCACUUUAAUAAAAUGUUUUUGAGUGAAUUUAUAUGUAAAAUGACUUGGUGUCUCAGUUCCGUCUGGGGCUUCUUUUGUAGCUUUAUGUUCAAGAUUUUCUUUCUCUUGGAGAAAUACAUAGACAGCAGGAUGGUGGAGGGUGAUUAUAAGAAGAAUGAUUCAGAUUUUAGAGCCAUUCAAUUGGAAUGCAAAAGUGACAAAAAAUUAGAAUUUAAUGAAACAGAGAGCUCUGUUUUUGUUCAGAGUAAGUUUGAAUAUAUAUAUGGACAAGAUGCUUUUGGAUUUAUAGAAAAGCCAGAAGUUAAAAGCUUUACUAUUCAAGAAAUGUUUGUGAAUUCAAAUGAAGGAGAAGAAGAAGUUUUAAUGGCUGAAGAGUUGAAGUUGGAUCAAAUUAGAAAAGAAGAAAAGAUUGGUUCUUGUUUUGAUGAUUCACCAAAUUCUAAGGAAAAACCGUUUUAUUUUUCUUUUUUCAAGAAUGGAAUUGAUGAAAAAGCAAAAGCUGAGGUUUUUGAUGAAAAAGAAGCUAAUGAUCAAGAAUUAGCAGAAGAGCAUGUUGAAAGUAAUUGUUGUGAAGAGAAUUUGAAGCAAAAUGAUGAAGGUUUUAGUGAUAAGGAAUCAGAGAAUUUGGAAGAUAUAUGUUAUGAAAUUCAAUUGUUUUCAGAUAAUCAAUCUUUCGUUCGAAAUUCGAUUCAAUGGUCUGAUACUAUUGGAGCUGAGGAUUUCAUUAUAAGUGAAAAGUCAUCAUCUGAUGUACAUGUUAAUGGAUUCUUGAAUUCUGAUCAUUUUAUGGAAAAUGAUGAAAUGGGGUUUAUAGAAUUGGAAACCUCUUUACAUAAUUUUAGUGCAAUGGAUACAAAUGAGUUUGUUUCUAAAAAAGUUGACAGAGUUGAAGAAACUGAUGUGAAUUCUGAGGAAGUGAAGUUAAUGGAUGAUUUUCAAGAAUUUCAAGAUCAUAAUUCGAGUCGAAAAUCAUGGGAUACAGACUCAGAUUCAGAUGAAGAUGAAUGUGAUAUCUUAUUACAACAUCAGAAUUUAGUCAGGCAAAUGAAAAUGGAAAUGAAAAAUUCAAGAAUCACAGGACUUCCUACUAUAUCAGAAGAUUGUGAAUCUCCUAAAGUAGUAGAAGAUUUGAAGCCACUGAAAAUUGAUGAAAAGAUUGAGUAUAAAGAUUGUAUUGAAGAAAUUCACAAGUUUUACAAAAGCUAUGCUGAAAAAAUGAGGAAAUUGGAUAUCUUGAAUUACCAGACCUUGAAUGCUAUCAGUUUCCUUCAGCUUAAGGAUUCAGAAGUAUUUAUGUCAAGCAAAAAGUCAUCAAUUUCAAUAACCAAAGCCUUCACUUUGCCUAGCUUCUUGGCAAACAAACAAAGGAAAAUCUUUGCUGAUCCUGCACAAAAAUCCAUUAGUGAAAUGAAUAGAGACUUGGAAAUAGUGUAUGUUGGACAAGUUUGCCUUUCUUGGGAAAUUCUUUGUUGGCAAUAUGGAAAAACAAAGGAAUUGCUAGAACAUGAUCCUCAAGAGUAUCACACAUAUAACCAAGUAGCUGGAGAAUAUCAGCAAUUUCAAGUACUUUUGCAAAGAUUUGUAGAGGACGAGCCAUUUCAAGGACCUCGAGUCCAAAAUUAUGUCAGGAAGAGGUGCAUGCUCCGUAGCUUUCUUCAAGUCCCGAGCAUUAGAGAUGAUCGUUCAAAGGAAAAGCAGGGCGGACAUGAAGGGGAAAAAGACGUCAUCUCCAUAGUGAAGUUGGCGGAAAUUAUUAAGGAAACAAUGCACGUUUUCUGGGAGUUUCUUCGUGCUGAUAAACGUGAAACCAAUUUGGGCUUAAAGGGUGUUCAAGGAACUCAAAUGGACACUGCAGAAACCGAGCUUUUUAUGAAUAUCAGAUCAGAUCUUCAAAAGAAGGAGAGGAAGCUUAAAGAUGUUCAAAGAAGUGGCAAUUGCAUAGUGAAGAAGUUCCAAAAACAGCAAGAAGGUCGAUUAAGCCAUCCGUUAUUCACGUCGCUUGUGGAACUAAGACUGGUAUCAAGAGUACUAAGUUUACCAAGAGUAAGGAGAGAUCACUUAGUCUGGUGCCAGAAGAAACUAAGUAAUAUCAAUGUUGUUGGCAGGAAAGUUAGUAUGGAGCCAUGUUUUUCCCUUUUUCCAUGCUAGGAAAUAUGAAUAUGUUUAGUUUUCAUAUGUAAAUGAAAGUCUUCUAGGUUAUAUUAGUACCCAAAAAAAACCUUAAAAAUACCCUUGCUUCCCCUUUAAAAAGAAGUAGCUAGAGGAGGAGAUAAUUUGGCCUGAUUUUGUAAGGUCAAAUUCAGAAUAAGGAUCAAUGGUUUCUCAUAACUUUUGAAUAUUAGAAUAGUAGCGCAUAAUGGCAGUACUC